GACCUGCCCCGGAGCCGCCACCGCCGCUCCCGCCGCCCCUAGUAUCCCUGCCUUCUCUCGGACCGCCGCCCAUUCAGCGCAGCAGCCGUCGGUCCUCUCGCUUUCCCGUAGGGGCCGUCGGCGUUCGUCUGAAACGCGGUCCAUCCGUCCCAGCGUAGCUGGCGCCCAUCGGCGCCGCGCGCAAACUUCCCGAGCCGGCGGGCGCGGGCGGUGGAAGCGGGGCCCGGAUGGGCGCCCGGGUCGGAGGCGGCGGCGCCCAUGGACGCUAACCGCCCGGGCGCGUUUGUGCUGAGCAGCGCGCCUUUAGCCGCGCUGCACAACAUGGCUGAGAUGAAGACGUCGCUAUUCCCCUACGCGCUGCAGGGCCCGGCGGGCUUCAAGACACCCGCCCUAGGCAGCCUUGGCGCGCAGUUGCCUCUAGGCACUCCGCACGGCAUCAGCGACAUCCUGGGACGGCCAGUGGGCGCAGCGGGUGGCGGCCUCCUAGGAAGUCUGCCCCGUCUCAACGGGCUCGCCUCGUCUGCAGGUGUCUACUUCGGGCCCGCAGCCGCGGUGGCUCGGGGAUACCCCAAGCCUCUGGCGGAACUGCCUGGGCGCCCGCCCAUCUUCUGGCCUGGUGUGGUGCAGGGCUCUCCCUGGAGGGACCCGCGACUGGCCGGCUCCGCCCAAGCCGGCGGGGUCCUGGAUAAGGAUGGCAAGAAGAAACACUCGCGGCCGACUUUCUCAGGCCAGCAGAUCUUCGCGCUGGAGAAGACUUUCGAGCAGACCAAGUACUUGGCAGGCCCAGAGCGCGCGCGGCUCGCCUACUCUCUGGGCAUGACCGAGAGCCAGGUGAAGGUGUGGUUCCAGAAUAGGCGGACCAAGUGGCGCAAGCGGCACGCGGCAGAGAUGGCGUCGGCUAAAAAGAAGCAGGACUCGGAUGCUGAGAAGCUGAAGGUGGGUGGCUCAGACGCGGAGGACGAUGACGAGUACAACCGGCCCCUGGACCCCAACUCCGAUGACGAGAAGAUCACGCGGCUUCUCAAAAAGCACAAACCCUCGAACUUGGCGCUCGUUAGCCCGUGUGGCGGCAGCGCGGGGGACGCCUUGUGAGGAUGCGGCCAGGCCGGAGAACCCGAGAACCGGGACUCGCGGCAUAACCCGACGCCAGCCGCCCAGCCGCAGUGUGUAUAUAUAUUUUUACAGAAUAAGUUAUAAAGCGGACGUUGGCGCGGCCUUGGCGUGAGGCGCGGAGUACGGGGUUUGGGCCGAUCACUUUGUAUAAUCAAUAAAUUAUUUAACACGUC